GAAUGAAGCAAAAUAUUUGUGUAAAGAAGGGAAAAUCCACGUAAAAGUGAAAUUUUAAUAAUUAAUUUAACGCUUUAAACUCAUAUCUCACGCUAAUCCACUGCUUUAUAACGAUUAAACAUACAAUAAACAACUCAGCUACAAAAUAUCAUUGAGCAAUCAGCGUGUAAUAAGUGAGUAUUUUGAGAUAGUAUGAUUUUCGUGGAAAGUUCUAGGAUAUGGAAUUGACCACAACACAUUUAUUCAGUUUCGAGAUAUUUUGCGUAUUAAGUAAAUUUUGCUGAAAAGUAAGUAAAAUCGCCCCAAAAAAUUACUAAUUGUAUCAGACAAGAUUUAUUAAAUCGAUAAGAAUUGAAAUUAAGUGGAAUCGCAUUAAAUAAUUGCGUAAAAAUAGCAAUUUAUCGGAAUUUAUCCGUUUGUUUUUGACCCAAUUGCAACAACAACGUUAAGCACCGCACGUAGACAUACAAACAAAGAAAGAGAAGGAAAAAAAGGCUGGAGACUAAUAAAUUUUAUGAGCAUUCGCAUUGACAGUCAGCAGUCGCAGAAAAGGAUCACAAUAAGUCAUAAUUUGUGCUCCUUUCUGUAGCCUUAACUGUAACUUUUCAUUCGGACGAAUUAACGUGGACAUCGUCGAGCAUUUUCGAAUGAAAGAUCUUUUAUUGUAGAGGAGAAAAAAAAAAACUGCGUAAAAAUAAACAUAUACGGUCACAGCGAAUAAUCUAACACUCAAAACAGCCGAGUGAAAUAAGAAGUCGAAGAAAAACAAGUAAAUUCGGAGUACGAACGAUAGAAAGAGAAAGAAAUAACACAAAAAAUAAUAAGCAGCAAGUUCAUAACAACAUAUACACGGCAGAAAAAAACUGAAAGUUGUUUUUUUCCUUCAAAUCUAUAAACAGACAGACAGAGAGGAAGAAAAUUUAUAUAUAUUUCUUAUUAAAUCAAAUCAAAAACAAAGACUAAGACUAAAGAGAAAAAGUAAGGAUGGAGUUCAAAAAGUUUGAAGUCGGUGCGAUGUUGAAUGAAGUAUCGAGUGAUGGUGAUGUAAGCGAUAAUAUCGAGACUGAUGAGGGCGAUAAUAAGGUAGUGGAAAAUACUGAAAAGAAUUUCUUGAAGAAGCCAUUGACUGUUGAGGAACAUCGCGCUUUACGUCGCAAGAGUAAGAAGAAUUUAGAACGAAAAAAUAGCAAAGAUGGUGUACUUGGUGUUGCUGGAGCUCCUAAUUUUGUAGCUCCACAACGUCGCUGGAAGAAUUCUCGUCGUUCAAGAAAUGGUCGUGGAUUAGUCAAAAAAAGUGGGGGUGGACGUGGAAAUUGGGGUAAAAUGGGUAGUGAAUUGCUCGAAGAAUAUGAAUUAGACGAAAAGGAUCCAAACUUCAAUGACGAAGAUCUAGCUAAUGUUGAAUUCAAGGAGAUUGUUUGUACAACAAAGAAAAUGAAUAAUGAGGAAGAAUUCCUUAAGAACUUUGAGAUGGCAAUGUUAGAAUAUUUUGAACAUGGUGACACUCACGAAGUUGCAUCCGAAAUAGACGAAAAUAUGCGAUCAGGAGCAUUGAGGCCACUUGUUAUUCGUAAAGCCGUGGAAAUGGCACUAGAACAUAAGAUUUCGCACCGGGAAAUGACGAGUGUAUUACUCUCAGAUUUAUAUGGACGAUGUUUGAUCUCAUCAGAUUAUGAACGUGGUUUUGAUAUGCUAUUAAGCAAUUUACAAGAUUUAAUUCUUGACACACCAGAUGCGCCCCAUGUUGUUGGAAAUUUCAUUGCACGAGCUGUAGCUGAUGACUGUUUACCUCCAAAAUAUGUCCAUCAAUUAGCUCGCAAUAAUGGCCUUCGUAAUUCACCGAAAAAUGGUAAUGGAGUUGAAAAUGGUGAAGAGGAAGUAGCGAGUGCAAGUAGACAAUUAAGUGAUCUCGCUCAACAAGCAUUGGACUAUGCUGAAGGUCAUCUAUCGAAUCAUAAUGGAUGGGCGCAUCUUGAUAAUGUUUGGGGAGUUGCUGGUGGAUUGAGACCAGUUAAUAAUAUAACGAAACAAAUGGAAUUGUUGCUUAAGGAAUAUUUGUUAUCGCGCGAUAUUCCUGAAGCUCAACGCUGUAUCAGCGCAUUGGAAGUUCCACAUUUUCAUCACGAAUUGGUCUAUGAGGCUAUCAUCUUGAGUCUUGAAGCUCUGAAUGAAGGUGUCGAAGACGCAAUGUCCAAAUUGUUGAAGUCACUUGAACAAAUGUGUAUUGUCACGCCUGAAGCUGUCGAACAGGGCUUUCAACGUGUCUACGAUGAUAUUCAAGACAUUUCAUUGGAUAUCCCUCUGGCAUACAUCAUACUUGAACGUUUCGUUCAACGUUGCUACAAUUUGGCUCUAUUGAGCGAAAAGAUGCUCAAGAAUUUGCCAUCACGUGGUCGCAAGCGUUUUGUAUCAGAAGGCGAUAGUGGUUUGGUCAAGCCCAACGCGAUGAUGUUCCGUGACUUUUAAGUCAAUCACAUUCAUCAAGAUAAGAUAACAAUUAACACUGUAAGCCAAGACAAAAAGUGUCUAACUUUGAAAUAAGAAAAAACAAAACAAAAAUAAUAAGUGAAAAAAAAGCCAGCUCGAAAGUGAGUCUAACACGAAAGUGAAAAACAUUUAAUUGCAUGAUGAAAAACCUUUUUAAAUCAGCCACCUUAAUAUAUUCUUCUUUGUAUUUUAAAAUCAUUUUUUUAAAGUCCUGUUUCUUUUUAUAUUAAUUAAUUCAUGAAGAAUAUUAAUUACGAUACCUGAAAAAUACAUAAACCCUUACAUAAACUUAUACUAUAACACAAAUUCAUAACAGUCAGUAAGACGUGCUCGCAUUUGAGAAAAUUAAAGUGAAUAAAAAUUGAUGUAAUGACAAAUAAUAAAGAAAUUUUGUAAUCGACAAAACAAAGUUCUAUUCCACUUUUUAAAUGCAAGUCUUCAGUAUAUUGAGGAUAUAAAUGAAUUAUUAAGCAUAGCAUUUCACCAGCAUUUGAUUAAGACUUUUCAUUUCAAUGCUAGUUAAGUUUAAAUUAAGCACUGAAAAGCUUAUACCUCAAUUAAGGUUUUAAUUUUUGAAGUUUCUUCAAUAUUCGCGAAGUUAAACUUUUAGAUUGACUUUCAAAAAAAUAAUUUGUUUCAAAAUGUAACGGAAAAUAUUAAUGAUAUAAAAUUAGGCACUUCAUAGCUUCAUUUUGAC